UUAUCUUCAUUCUUGACUCUUCACCAAAUACUCAUCUGAAAGCCUGUUGUUUCCCCUGUAAAAGGCAAUUUCCUUACAGAAAUCUUCUAACUGAGCAAAGUUUAGAGCAGUUUUGGGAUUGUUUCCCAUCUCUGUAAAUCUGACCAUAGGGGUCUCUUGAAAGAGAAUUGCUAAGAAUUUCCAACUGGACUAUGUAAUCACAGCGCCUGGUAUCAAGAGGAGGGGGAGUGACAUGAAAUCACUGACUUGUGACAUACAUUCCUCAGCAACAGCAGCUGCUGCCUAAUGACAGCUAAUAAAGGGAAUCUUCCCUUGACAGAGCUGCAUGCCUGCAGUGGGACUGGAAUGUGCCCAAGAUAAACGCACUGAUAACCUAGGAAGCAGGGAUCACCCAAAGAGUAUAAAAGACAAGCUUCAGAAGAGACACAACAGGACAAGGAAGAAAGAGACUUGAAGGGACAUCUCAGAAGAAACAGCUUGAACUUCCCUAUUCCCAACGAAGUCAGCGCCAUGGACACUAAAGGCUCAUUUUUCUAUGGCUUCCUUUUGCUGCUGCUCAUCCAGCUCCAGUCCAGCAGAGCCAACCCUAUCUACAGCCUCAGCCCUGCCAAAGAACUGGCCAGCAUGGAGGCUCUGCUGGAAAGACUGGAGGAUAAGUUUGCAAUGAUCGAAGCCCUGGAGUCCAGUCCUGACCUGCAAGAACCCAAAACCCAGGAGGAGAUUCUGUCAGAACUUGCCGAUGACAGUGACAACCAGAAGGCUGAACCCAGGCUUGCACCCAACACCCCUCUGUCCUACAGGGACCCCUUCCUCAAGAGACUGAGGGGGCUGCAGAUGCCCAGGAUGAUGAGAAAUUCUGGCUGUUUUGGGAGGAGGAUUGAUCGGAUCGGCUCCCUGAGUGGGAUGGGUUGCAAUGGUGAGUCCUGCCUAAGCCAUUUCACUGAAUAGCACGGACCGUGUCUGUGCCAUGGGACAGGGAAGGAGCAGCUUCUCAUUUAAGUUUUUAAGACACAGUUUCAGACUGGAAUUAAUUUGAGCCUAGUAUUUAAGCUAGUAUUGGUUUUUCAAAAGCAUUGCUGACAAUGGUGACACGCACAGAGACAAAAACAGAUUCUAGUAACAUUUAUUUCAUGUUUGGUUUGCAGGUUCCCGGAGAAAUUAGGAUCAACCUCCCUAGAACCU